GACAAUCCAUCGUAUUUUAUCUUAUCUCACUGGUCGGAAUUCUUCUCCUCUGUCUUGCCUGUUUCUCCAGCGACGCCGUCCAGGAAUGCACGUGUAUUAAUUAGCUACCUACUUCAUAGAGGGGGCAUAUAACUCACACUCGUUUGCUCUGCUUCUCUCCCUCUUUCUCCAGCGGGGAGUUUGAUUUGGUCGUGAUGCAUUCGUUCAACUCGCGCUUGGGCUCUGCUGCCCUGGCCAUCGCCGCGACAAGUCUCGGGACUGUUGUCGCUGCCGACUUUGAUCCGCUUACCUAUGUCGAUCAACUGAUCGGUAGUAGCAAUGGAGGAAACGUGUUCCCAGGUGCAUCAGUCCCUUACGGCAUGGCGAAAGCUGUUGCCGACACCACCAGUGGGAGCAACCAGGGUGGCUUCACUCUUGAUGGCACUCCCAUCUCUGGGUUUAGCGCGAUGCACGACUCGGGGACGGGAGGAUCGCCGUCUCUAGGGAAUUUCCCGCUCUUCCCAUAUGCGAGUUGCCCGAAUGAUGAUAUCGAUCAAUGCGAGUAUCCCAAGAAAACUCGAGCUCCUAACCAUGGGUCAUUCACCGACAGCAGUGUCGUAGCGCGCCCGGGGUAUUUCGAGGUCACUUUAAAUUCUGGUGUUAAUGCGGCGAUGACGACUACUUCGCAUGCCGCACUGUUCCGCUUCACCUUUUCUGGGACGGGCUCUAAUGGAUCCUAUCCUCUAAUAUUACAGGACCUAACGGAUCUCUCGGACUCGCGCCAAGAUAAUGCUACUGUUUCCAUCGAUGCUUCAACUGGAAGAAUUAAAGGCAGUGGCCGCUUCCAGUCCAGUUUUUCCCAAGGGCAAUAUGUACUUCACUUCUGCACGGAUUUCUCAGGUCCCAAGAUCCAUGACACCGGCAUCUUCGUAAAUAGUAGGGCUAGUACGGAUGUCAAGAAUUUGACCAUUUCAAGGUCAAUCAAUGGAUAUCCUCUUCCUGGAGGGGCCUUCAUUCGAUUUGAGACUGCAGAUCCAGUCCUUGCUCGAGUGGGACUAAGCUUCAUAAGUCCCGAGCAAGCAUGCUCCAAUGCCGAAUCCGAGAUUCCGGAUUACGACUUUGACGGAAUCGAAAAGGCUGCUUCCGAUGCUUGGAAGGAGAAGCUCAGUCCGAUUACCAUCUCUCAAGGUGGCGUCGAUGAUGAUUACGUGAAGAAUUUCUACUCGGGCAUUUACAGGACAAUGGUGAACCCUCAGAAUUAUACUGGUGAAAAUCCGCUCUUCGACAAUGGCGAACCAUACUUCGACUCCUUUUACUGUCUUUGGGACAGUUUCCGAAGCCAGAUCCCAUUUCUAACCCUAACGGACCCGAGCGCUGUAGCAGAAAUGGUACGCUCUCUGAUAGAUACGUAUAAAUACGAAGGGUGGCUCCCUGAUUGUCGCAUGACUUUUAGCAAAGGUUACACGCAGGGUGGUUCGAAUGCUGACAUAGUCUUGGCGGAUGCGUUCUUGAAAGGCAUUACGGAUGGUAUUGAUUGGGAUGUUGGUUACGAAGCCGUCAUAAAAGACGCCGAGGAGGAACCCUUCGACUGGUCGAGUCAGGGACGCGGAGGCUUAGACAGCUGGAAGGCUCUGGGAUACAUCCCCGUCCAAGACUUUGACCACGUCGGCUUCGGAACGAUGACCCGAAGUAUCUCACGUACUCUCGAGUACAGUUAUAACGAUUAUGUAAUCAGUCUUUUCAGUCAAGCGCGAGGUAACACUGCCGACACCGAGAAAUAUCUUCGCUCAAGCGACAACUGGAGAAGUCUAUACAGAUCAGACCAGACUUCACUCUUCACUGGCGGCAAGGAUACGGGCUAUGUUGGGUUCUUCCAGCCGAAGUACUUGAAUGCGUCCUGGGGCUAUCAAGAUCCUUUAUGGUGCAGUAAUAUCGACAACGCUGGUACUGUCUGUUCUCUUCAAAACACGGCCCAUGAGACAUUUGAAUCGAGUGUUUGGGAGUACGGGUUCUUCGUACCACACAACCAGGGAGACCUGAUCACCCUCUACGGUGGCCCCGACCAGUUUGUCAAGCGACUUGAUUUCUUACAUGAUAACAAUAUCACAUACAUCGGGAAUGAACCUGCGUUCCUCACAGUAUUCCAAUACCACUACGCAGGCCGGCCAGCUCUCUCGGCAAAACGCGCACACUUCUAUAUCCCGCGAUACUUCGACACAACCCCCGACGGUCUCCCAGGCAACGACGACAGCGGCGCAAUGGGGUCGUUCGUCGCAUUUUCGAUGAUGGGUUUAUUCCCUAACCCCGGACAGGACGUUUACCUAAUCAUCCCCCCAUUUUUCGAGAGUGUAAACAUCACGAACCCGCAAACUGGAAAAACUGCCACCAUUCGCAACAUCAACUUCGACCCAACUUACAGCGCCAUCUAUAUCCAGAGCGCAACGCUAAACGGUGAACCAUACACGAAGAAUUGGGUCGACCAUAGCUUUUUCGCCGAAGGCAAGGAACUUGUUCUCACUCUAGGCAGGAACGAGAGCUCAUGGGGUACCGCUGUCAAGGACUUACCGCCGAGCGUGGGUGAGUAUACGGGAUUCAACGAGACGUCUUCCAAGAGGAGGCUGCGGAGUGUUAGAUCGAGGUAUACGCCAAACUUUGGGGAAGGGCUUGGACUUAAUCAGUAAACGCUCGUAAUAGGGUAGGCUACUAUACCUAGAAGCUAGAACUGUACAAAUAAUAAUGAUAAUCAAUUUAUCCA